CCCGCGGAGCGCACGGAGGGACCCGCACCGGCUCCCCAGCUCGGCUGGGGAGGAGGAAAAGCGGCAGCUCUGGAGGGUGAGGAUUUGGGCGAGGGCCGGCAGCGCCGGAGCCCGGCCGGGGUUUCGCCGGUGGGGAGGGAGGGGAGGAGAAAGAGAAGCGCUCGGGGUUCUUUUUCCUCUUUAAUCCCUUCCCUGCUUGAGUCAGAGGCUGAAGUCACCGGCGGGAACAUCCCGAAGCUGUUCCCCCACCUCGAGGGGAACUGGCUGCCCCCUGAGAGGAUGUGCUGACCCUCAUGAGCGGGAUUCUGGGGGAGCGGAGCCGCAUGAGAGCGGGCAACUCAUCACACAGGUCCAGCCUUUCCGCGGCUCCAAGGAUGCUGCCAGGGAAGACAGAGAAGAGGAUGGCUUCAUCCAUCUUCAUCACUCUGGUACCACCACGGAGGGACGUGGCCACCAAGGAGAAAACCCACCAGGAGCCACAGCCAGAGUGCGCCGAGGUCCCCGGCACCAAUCGCCCCCGGAUCCCACCGUCACCCCCCACGCUGCUCAAUGGAGAAACCCACCCAACUGUGCCUGUGUCUUCAUUCCCGCCGGUCCUCAUCCUCUCUGAAGCCCCCCAGCCCUUGUCCGCGGAGUCGCUGUGUCCGGCACUGCAGCAACUGGACCUUGCGGCACCCGCCACCCUCCAGCCACCCAAACUUUGCCAGGAGCAAGUGGACAAGCCGCAGCGGCAGGAUGCGAACGGGUACCCAGAGCGGGACGGCUCCAGAGACAUCUGUGCCUUCUGCCACAAAGCACUGGGGCCGCAGGAGCCGACGGUGGAGGCGAUGCGGAAGCAGUACCACCCCGGCUGCUUCACCUGCCGCACGUGCCAGCGGCUCCUGGCCGGGCAGCGCUACUUCCAGAGGGAUGGGCAGCCCAUGUGUGACACCUGCUACCAGGCCACGCUGGAGAAAUGUGCCAAGUGCCAGGGGCUGAUCACAGAGCGCAUCGUCCGUGCCCUGGGCAAGGGUUUCCACCCUGGCUGCUUCUCCUGCGCCGGCUGCGGCCGCGCCAUCGGCGCCGAGAGCUUUGCCGUGGACGAGCAGGGCGACGUGUACUGUGUGCCCGACUUCUACAGGAAAUAUGCUGCGGUUUGCAGUGCCUGCCAGCGCCCCAUCGUCCCCUCUGAGGACAAGGACACCUACAAGAUCGAGUGCCUGGGACGCAGCUUCCACGAGAGCUGCUACCGCUGCGAGAGCUGUGGGACGCCACUGUCCCCAGAGCUGACGGAGGACGGGUGCUACCCCCUGGACAGCCACCUCCUCUGCAAGUCCUGCCACGUCCGCUGGCGGAACGAGUCGUCCUGCUGAGACCCCGCGCCUCAUCCAUCUCUGUCUUCCAGUGCCAGCCACCAGAAAGGGGGUGUUUUGAGGGUGACCCUAGGUGUCUGCUGCACCUCAAAAUUCCUGCAGAACUGGUGUUUUCAUCUCCAAAAUGUACCUGGGACCCCGACACCCAGGGCUGGCCAGGGGAGCAGCGUGGAUGUGUCCCGACACAGCUCUGCGCUCACCAUGAACAUGAAAUACCCUCACAGAGCAGCAAUGGCAGAGCAGAAGUUUUAUUCUUUAUUUCUUUUUUAAAACUCCUUCUUCAAGGCCAGUUUGGUUUUCUUGGGUGUUUUUUCUUCCUUCUUGAGCUUCUUUGGGGUUUCACUGAAAUAUUUCUCUCUGUAGAGAGUGGGCACUGAUUUAGUUACUCGCAGUUAAAUAAAACCCCGAGUCUAAAAACUCUCAUUCCUUUCAUCCGCCCUGCAUU